CAUUAAACAACACUAAGAUGAAAGGCAAACAUGAUCAUCCGACACCUUGGUCAUUACGUGCCGCACAUGGCAAAUGUGUCAAUUUCUGCGUAUAACAGUGGUUUCCGCUUGUUUUCACGUGCAUUUUUUCCGGUAACCGACAGAAACCUUGAACUGUUAAUGUUUACUCGGGAAACUGCACUCGAUUACUGCAUGUUUGUAUACUUUUGAUUAUUUACCUUUGACAAUACUACAAGAUGCGCAAGACUCACAGCAGCAAUAUUUUUCAUGCAGCCAGCCAACGUGGAGCGCAGAAGACCAUUGCUCCUGUGAAGUCCCUGUCUACUGAAACAGUGGUCUUAACACCACGAAACUCACCUGCGCGGUUGAAAGCAACUGUCCCACAAGCCAAACCACAACCAUCUGAAUAUGGCGACCUGAAACCAAGGGAUUCCCUACAAUAUAACCGCAGACUGAGCGCUAUAGUCGAAUCAGAAAAUCAGAUUGCCGCUCUCGCGAAAGCCGUGUCAGCGCAAUGGGGCGCCGACCGGAUGCCGGAUCUUAUAUGCUCUCUGCUAACAGGAUCAGCUGGGCAUCGCAAAGUCUUCCGCACCGUCUCGCAGCGCAACGCAUUCCAGGCGGGGAUGGGUGGACUGAUUCUCCACUUGCCGGGCUCGAUUUUCGUAUACGACCACUCCAUCCCGUCAGAACCAGCCACUUUACUGGAAAACAUGCUGCUAGGAGUCAGCGAGUACGAAGAGCACGUGGGCUUCGCCGUGGAUAAACAAUGGCUGGACAUUCCCCAUGAAAACUCCGUCAUUCGCCUCCAGCAGCCGGUACGCAAGAAGGCUAAGAUUGGUCCGUAUGUCGGAGCGUACUACGAUAAGAUCGUUAUUCUGCGGGCGCCGAAUGCUGCCGAAAGCAGCCGACUGAGGUCCGAGCUGGAACUGGCCAUAUGGAUGGAGCUGUUUUAUCAGUACUCGUAUAGACCAGAGAAACGAGAAUCCAAUAUCCGUGGAAGUCCAGUUGCGUCGGUCGUCAUUCUGAUCCAAGGGAGCGUCGACGAGCUACCCGCUCUGCUGACCUAUAUUGACAACAAUGUGGCUAUUGUCAUUGUAGCGGGAACAGGAGGCAUGGCGGACCUUUUAGCCGAGGGAAUAACGCUGAGAAAGAAAGUCAGCGGUGAUGUAUUAACCCAUGACCUAGAAGCAUACGCAAAACAGCUACUUCCUGCCCUGAGUAAACCGUCCAUACAGUCUCUAGUAGAAACGGUCAUAAAAGUUCUCGAACGCAAAACCAUCGAUGACUGGGCUGUCGUACUGGACGCUACCGACUCACAAAACCUGGCUAAUCUGGAAGAAUAUGUGGUGCGAGCCAUUGUGCGCGGUUCGUACGGGUUCGCGGAAGAAUAUAUCUUUCAUGCUAACCUUUCACUGGCGCUCAAAUGCCGACAGCUAGAAGUCACCAAGGCGAUGAUGUUUCACGAUCCAACUUGGAAUGCUUUUCAAGUUCCUUGGCACAUAUUUGAACUAGCCGUUGGUAUUCGCAACCGAUCUCAGUUUGUGGAUGUGUUUAUUCAAGAUGGGUUUUCCUUGAAGCAUCACCUAACACCCGUAAAACUGGCACGGUUGUUCCAGUACACUUUUGAUGAUCCCACAGGGUUCUUCUGGAAACAUGUGUGGAAAGAAAUACUUGGAUUUCGUGAUGAUGACCUUCUGGACGAUCGCUUCGUUACGCUGCACCUUAAUCCGCUUAUCGACAGGCUGACAGGAAUCAGUCAUUUUGUCGAUCUAGGCGAAAUUUCAACGUUUGCCUACGGAUUUACAUCAGGCGCAACCGAAUUUAAUAUUGAUCGAAAGGCAAUGAAUGCCCUGAUGAUUUUCGCUGUUCUUGCUGACGAUUUCGACCUGGUAUUGGUGACAAUUAAACAUUCUCUGGAUCCCAUCCCGACAACGCUAUUCGCGGAAUCAAUGUACCGGGGUUUGGCGCGCUGCAUGCCAGAUUAUAGCGUCAGACAGAUGCUUCGCGCCCGGGCCGACCGGCUGGGUGAGGUGGCACACGCCAUGUACGAUAUGGCGUACAGUGAUAAUCGGUAUCGUGCGCGAGCCUUGCUGAUUCGUGAUCUUCCGGAUUACAAUAACCACAACGUCCUCAGAUUGGCUCUGGAUGCUCGUGACAAGAAAUUCUUAUCGCAUCGAUGGAUACAAGAAUUUCUCAGUAGAUGGUAUUACGGCUUCAUCAGCGUGGAGGGACGCUUCGAUACGGCAAAGUUAUUACUCUCCGCUCUGUUCGUGUUGCCUAUCUAUAAAUGGUUGUCGUUUCCUGCUCUCGAGCGAACCCAGUAUUAUAAAAGAAGGAAGACGCUACGCUCUGGAAGUCGCAUUGGUUUGGAUUUUAUAGAUACUAAUAGCAGAUUUCAUGAACGGCCGAUCACCGACGAGGAAAAACAAGCGUAUAUCGGCACACUGGCCACAUCCCUUCGCGACAAAGAAAUCCUCGGCAAUCAACGCCGUACUAGUCGCCCUAAAAAAUUUUCUGUCCCUUUGGUGAAGCGAAUCUAUGCGGUGUGGAAUUCUCCCUGUAUCAAAUUCUACACCAGCCAAUGGAUUUAUUACACUUUCCUGAUUGUCAUGUACGUCGCCAUGAUGCUGCCACCGUGCCGCUACAUUGGCGUGGAUAUCGCCGUCUGUGUUUACGUGGUUCUGCGUUGGAUAGCCGUAAUCAUGAAAGGAUCCUACAUGCACCAGAAUAAAUUCGUCUAUGAACCUUGGAAGACCAAACUCAGUGUUUUCUUCGAAGGAGUGUUCUGUAUUUUGUUCUUUUUAUUUCGAAUUGCACCGUUCCGGUACGAUUAUCCAUGGGCCGGACGUGUCAUUCUCGGAUUCGGAGUGUUUUAUUAUUCUUACCGCGUAUGGGAUAUGUUCUACACGAUGGAUGGCAUAAUUGGCCCCACGAUACGACUGGUUGUACGGUCCUUCACAAUCGAUGUGACCAAAUGGGUCGCGGUGACCUAUCCAAUGUUUAUGGCGACUGGAUUAGUGUGGCAAACAGUUGUGUAUCCAGACGCUCCAGCCACGGGCAGUGAAUGGCGGAGAGCGCUGUUUCGGGCCUUCGGAGCGAUAUUCGGGUUUGCCGACUACCCUUCGCUGGAAUACACUGGAGCGUGUGCGAGCUCUAAAAUAGACUGGACGAACGUUAACCAACCGAUGAAGAACAUGUCGAAUGCUUACCCAAAGGAUCGCUGCUGGAUUGGCGAUUACUCUGAUCCCGGCUGUAACACGGUUACAUUCUGGUCCUACGGUUUCUACCUGCAUUAUUAUAUUUUUGUCCUGAUCGGAUCCCAAUUUGUUUUAUCCUGCGCCAUCUAUACGCGAUUUAUUGAUGAAUGGGUGGAUAAUUCAUUGGUUUGGAAAUAUUACCGCACGAAGCUGAUUAUGCAAUACGGAGUGCUGUCGUCAUUGCCACCGCCUCUGAAUAUUCUCGGCUACCUGGGGACAGUCAUUAAAUAUUGCAUCAGUAAAGGCAGAAAAUCCGGCUCUGGCCUUAAAAAUAUGAUCGAGAUGGAAAAACUGGAACGAGCCGAUUCAUCCUUCGGUGGUCCUUUAUCACCAUACUGGUCUUCCGUCGCUUUGCGGUAUUUCGGUAACGAAGAUGACAAGAAAAACGCAGUGUUGCAAAAAGAAAAAGAUGACCAGGCGUGCCAUAACGUGGAGGUCGGUCUGACCUAUCUUCUGGAAUUCAUAGAAGACAAACAACGUCUGCUGUCUUCUUUGUAAUCAGCAAAUUUUGUAAAUCUGUAGUAUGGGUGUGCUGUUUAAACAACCAUUCAAAUUAUAUUUAUUUACCGGUCAACGCACUACAGUAAAGUACCGUCCACUUCCCGCAACACAAUACGGCGUAGGUGUACAAUAGAAAAGAGCGGGAAUUAAUUGUACUAUAUUACGUGCCUCAAUUAUGUUCCGCUAUUGGUGAAUGCACGGACAAAGCCAUAAAUCAUAAGAAUUAUUAUCGGUUCUGCAUGAGCUGACUAUGUGUUCAUAAACUUAGUUGUACUGUGAUGUCAUGCUCAUAUUGGACGCCCGUAAAUACCAAAGGUUGCAGCAUAAUAAAAGCAACGUUUACGGCAAUUUACAUCAAUGCUGAUGUAAACGUUUUGUACUGCCGGUUCCACUUUACUGCGCACUUGAUCACCUGUAUAUACCUUUCUGCUGACUUCUUUGCGCACUCGAACUUGUGAUUGGUAGACGUUUUGCAAUAAUACGAUGUUGAACAUUCUUCCCGCUAUAUGGAGACUUUCUGCCAGAUUUCGAAAGCGAUCGUGUCGGCCUUGUGGAACGGCAAGUAGUAGGGGGAAAAAUCAUUGCUGACACCCGUUUGUUGAGUUCCUGGGGACGGCUGCGCUUUCCGCCGGUAUUUGAGGAUUAUUCUUAACCUUGGACUUACAAAACGAAGAUGACUUCCGUUACCGGCACCGCUAUCCACUGUGUUAUGUUUGUCCUGUGCCUUACCACCAGCGCGACAGUUGUGCCUUCAGGAUCAGCAGCCGUUGCAAACAAACCAGUUCCUCCUACGGUCAAUCAACACGUGCACCGGGAUAAUACAGAAAGUACCAAUAGUACAAAAGCUCCUCCCGACCAUAUCACGAACAGCUCAGCAACUUCUACUGCACCAUUAGACACAACAUCCGCGUUACUUAAUGACAGUUCUUUCACGACAAAUGUCAGCACCACUAUGCCAUCCCCCGUAACCACGCCCACCGGAAACCCCAGCACCGUUACCGGGACGACGGUUAUUACGACCACCGGUACGAGUACACUUGUGGCAGUCGUGACAACGACGGUUACAGCCGCUCCCGCAGGGAACACAACGCCGACCACAGUAUCCACAACGGCCCAUGCAAAAGACACAACCACACCGACCGCCACAACUACACGCGCCAAAAGCAGCGCCACCUCCUCACAGUCCAGCACAUCUAAGCGCCCGUCAGGCACUAGCCCAACGGUCAAGAUUCCAUCUACAACGCCGGGUAAAUCGCAACAGCUGCAGUUGGUUGCGGUUAAGAGCGGAUACACCGGAGGGGAACUGUUUGCCGCGAUCUUGGGGGGUUGUGUUAUAGGCGCACUGGUGUGCCUGCUCUUGAUGUACGUCAAGCGCAGAUAUUUCACUCCGGCAGCGCAGUUUCGCUUUCGUUCCUUUGAAAAUCAGACACAUGAUCAAGAGCUCUGAUUUGGCGGUGAUCAAAUUUCGGGGGCUUUCUCAUAUCGGCAAAGGUAGCUUUUGUUUCACAAUCGCUAGUCUUUGAGUUUGUUAAUUAAUAAAUACGCACAUUGUCGUGCGCAAGGUA